AUGGCCGCCGCAGCUACCGGACAGCACCAGCUCCCCGACCUCCCCUACCGCUACGAUACCCUCGAGCCUUUCAUCUCGAGGCAGAUCAUGGAGCUUCACCACAAGAAGCACCACCAAACUUACGUGACCGCUCUCAACGCGGCUGAACUAGCCUACGCCAAGGCGAGCACCCCUCGGGAGCGCAUUGGCCUCCAGGCUGCCCUCCGGUUCAACGGCGGUGGUCACAUCAACCACUCGCUCUUCUGGAAGAACCUCGCUGGCGCGUCUUCUGAGGGUAAGGGCGUUGGUGGUUCCCUCAGGGACGGCCCGCUCAAGAAGGCCAUCGUUGAGACGUUCGGCUCUCUUGACGCUUUCAAAAAGGAGUUCAAUACCACCACCGCAGGCAUUCAGGGCUCUGGGUGGGGCUGGCUUGGCUUGAACCCGUCCAACAAGCGCCUCGAGAUCGUCACCACGGCGAACCAGGACCCUCUCCUGACGCACGUGCCCAUCAUUGGCGUCGACAUCUGGGAGCACGCGUUCUACCUCCAGUACCUCAACGUGAAGGCCGAUUACCUCAACGCCAUCUGGAGCGUGAUCAACUUCGAUGAGGCGGAGAAGCGCUUCCUUGAGGGCACGAACUCGAAGCUCUGA